GAGAUUAUCUUUUAGACUCAAUUUACAUAGAUAUGCCCUAUAUAAAUCACUUUGAACUGUCUCUGUCAGUGUGUUUACAGGCACUUAAAUAAUGACAUAUAGUCGUCUUUCUGCAGCAAACUUAUUUCUUAAACACCAUUUCCUUAGUCUUGGUGGGAGACUGAAGAUUUGACUCGUGAGAUUUAUCCUAAAGAAAAAGUGCUGUAAAAAAUACAACAACUGAAUAUUUACCAACACAGUAAAAAAAUUCAUAUGCAGGUGCCACACAGCAGCAGUGGAGCUCCAGACAAACAGGAACAUCACCUCAACGUUCAUCAAGACACGAUGCCACCAAGACUUGAGGGGAGGCGCUACCCAGUAUUAGUUUGUUGUUCCUAAUAAAGUGCUCAGCGAAUGUAUACCGAUUAACUGGGUUUCUAAUCACCUUUUCAAAAGUUUCACUGACUAAAACUGAACCUAGAAGUCUAUAAGGUCAGAGCAGUGGUUAUCUGUGUCACCAGGUUUCUGUCUUUAAAAUGCAUGUACAUGUACGGUGCACUUUAAAGGUAUUUUUAAAACUGCCUUUCUUUCUUUACUGCAUGGUAGAAGUUGAAAAUUAAGGAAAUAGAAAUAUAGAAAGGUACAGGAAGGAUCAUGUUUCUGCGUUAGAUGUGUUUUAACAAGAUUCCGCUUGAACAGACUGUUUUAUGAUCAGAAGGCUUCAAUAAACACCUUCCUAAAAAAAUUGUGAAAUGUCAACUCUGCAUGAUAAUGAUCAGCAGAUGGCAGAGCGUUUCAGAUGGGGCUUUUUAUGAUCUGUAACUGUAAUUUGGAGAUCAGUGGUUUGCACAGGACAUAUGCAGUGUAUAUUCUGAUAGAAAUUACAAAAACUUAAUUGCCUGUAACAGAUUUGCACUAUUAGAUAGCUGCCUUCAUCAAGUGUCACUCCUGUUCUUUGUGUUGGCUGUGGUUCAGAUUGUUUGUAUGUGUAUGAUCAUGAACAGAAUUAAAAUGUUCCUCAAGUGUCUUAUUAUCUCUUCUUUUGUUUACCAUUAUAUUAAACGUCUAUUUUCUGCAGCUGUGUGGAAGGUGCGCGGCUGCUGCAUGGGUCAGUAAGUUGAUGUCUCUCUAUUUAACAUAAUGGUUUAAUUGGCACAAUGUAUGAGGGUCCAGCUUCACAACAUUCACCUCAGAUGCUACAUGAGCUGUGAAAAGUCGGGAGAACACCACGGUUCAUCCUGUAGGGGACAUUAACGUCUGUGCCAUCGAACAGCUGUUAAGAACACACUCAACCAAAACAUCAGCCUUAGGGUGGUGGGGGAGGAAAAGUGUUAGGGGAUUGACACUUCUGCUGCUGAUCUCAUUGUAUAAUAAAAAAAAAAGAGGCCAGUUUAGGGGGUAUUGCCUACUUGCAUUGACUUACUUGUGCUAAAUGUAAAUGUAUGUUGACAUCAGCCAUUGUAGUCUUCGGAAAGUUGUGGAGUGACUCUGAAAAUAAUUUUGUCCUUUGUUUUAUGGUUUUACCUCGUCCGCAGGUACUGAAAGUAACCGGAUGUAAACAUCCACGGCAUUUAACUACUUCCGUUUUCGUGACGCGCAGCGUGAAAAGGGCCGAUCACUAUCUGCAAUCUGUUUCCGCUCUAAUUUUUUUUUUUUUUUUUGGCCCUUGACCGGAAGUUGAUGUUCGUAUCGUUCUGCCGCUUAAACUCUAUUUUCCGGUGUUUGUCUGCUCGCCGCCAUUGUAGACCCACAAUGCUGUUUACCAAUUGUGUCACAACUAAUAUGACUUGUUCCUUAGUUCAUAUGGAGUAUUCAUUUGGACAUUGCUGUUAUUUAUUCCCGAGGUGCUAUAUGUGAGUGUUUUAAUCAGAAAGUUAAUUCGCAACUAACCAGCUAGCUCCGGCUCUGUUGUCCUGGUUGCAGCUGACUGAGUUAAGUAAUGGGAUGCCAGAGCCCACCGCAGGCCAGUAGCACACUUUACCACAACCAGCAACAAAUGUCCGUGUUGCAGCACUGAGCUUCCAGGAAACGGUUAUCCUAAUGAGCAAUGGAGGAAAUCUAUAGCAAUGUUCCACAAAUGAAGCCUGUGAACCCAAAACCCUCAACAAAUCCGACAGGUCCAAGCUCUGAGAGGAGAUUUCAUGGAGUCGUUCUCAUUCUGGGCCUGCUGAGUGUUUUCCUGCUGGUUGGGCUCAUCAGCCUCGGUGUCCGCUUCCGUGACUCAGUACGUGAUUCAGCCAACCUGACGGAGCGUCUCCAGGCCAGUGAUGAAGAGAGAGACCUGCUGAUUGCCAAUCUGACUAAAGUGACUAAAGAGCUGACCAGGCUUCAGCGUUUGUCCAAACAGAAGAAAACGUGUCCUGCAGGAUGGAGGAUGUUCAGCGGUACCUGUUAUCUCCUCUCCAUUCAGUCUGCUUCUUGGGAAAAAGCCAGAGAGGACUGCAGAGCCAGAGGAGCAGAUCUGGUGAUCAUAGACAGUCUUAAAGAACAGGAAUUCCUCACUAAAGACAUCAUCAAGCAAGAAAGCUGGAUUGGUUUGACCGACAGAAACCAUGAGAAGACUUGGAAAUGGAUUGAUGGAACUCCACUUACUCUGAAGUUCUGGCAAAAAGGGCAGCCGGAUAAGGGUAAUGGAAGUCCUAAGUGGGGUGAAGAGGACUGUGCAGUUAUCCAACCAGGGAUGAAAGCUGAUGAGAACUGGAAUGAUCUGCGGUGUGAUGCCUUUAGGCCAUGGAUCUGUGGAAAAAAGCUCUUUAGCAUAAAAUGAGUUUUGAAAUAAUACAUGUGUUAAUACUUUUUUUUACCAUGUACAUUAAGAUUGUGCAAAGGGCCUUUGCUUGUGUGACUGAAUGUGUGACAAAUAAAGAGAGAGAGAGACGUACACUCACA